AUGUCCGUGCUGAAGGAGCAAGGUCCGGACCUGGGUCAGCACCCGUGGCAGGACAUCCACGGGCCCUUUGCCUCCAGCUCCACCCCAUUUCCUGUGGAAAAGGAGCUGAGUCCGAGCUACCCGGACACCGCCCCUCACAAGGAAGGCGGUGCCCCCGGUGAUGCCAGCUCCUGCAGCAUCGUCACCAAGCUGGAAAGGUUGCAGCUGUUCCCCGAGGCCCCGGGCAAGCCCAAGAGGCACCGGCUGGGCACCAAGAAGGGCCGGGUGUUCUGCACAGCCUGAGAGAAGACCUUCUAGGACACAGGCACCCUCAAGAUCCACUACAAUGCCGUCCCCCUGAGGAUCAAGCACAAGUGCACCAUCGAGGGCUGCAACAUGGUGUUCAGCUCCCUGCGGAACUGGAACCGCCACAGCGCCAACCCCAACCCCCGGCUGCACAUGCCGAUGAACGGGACCAACAGGGACAAGGACCUCGGGAACAGCCUGAACCUGGCCGCCUCCGAGAACUACAGGCGCCUGGGGCUCGAGGUGCCAUCUCCGGACCACAGGCCUCUCCCAGGCUGCCCCGGUUCAGGCGAGGAUUCCAGGGACCCAGCGGUCUUCCCCGGCGCCGGGCAGAACAGUGAGCUUUUCCCCAACCUGAGGACGGUCCAGCCGGUGCUUCCUUUGUACUGCAGCCCGGCCACGCCCGCCGAGCUGGCCAACAUGCCCGGGAUGCUGCCGUCUCUCCCCCUGCUGUCAUCCUCCAUCUCAGAACAGCUGGUUUCCAACGAAAUGCCAUCCGAUGCCCUCCCCAAGAAGAAAUUCCGGAAGUCCAGCAUGCCCAUCAAAAUCGAGAAGGAGGCCGUGGGAAUAGGUGACGAGAAAAGGCGGGCGCUCAGCUCGGAUGAAGAUCGGCCCCUGCAGGUGGUCAGCGAAGACGAGCUGGAGGCCUGCAGCCCCGGGUCAGACGGGGCGCUGGAGGAGCAGCAGGCACCAUCAGGAUGCCCAGGGGGGCCUCUCCCCGAAGGGCAGCCGGCUUGCCACCUCUCAUCGGUGAUCCAGCCCAGGGGGGUCAUCAGCAGGACCCCUGAGCAGGCCACAUGCAAGUCGGAGAGGGAGACGGAGCUGGAGCAGAAGCCAGUGCUGACCCUGGUGCCCGGGGAGGCGGAGGAUAGCGGCCGGGAGCUCCGCCUCCCUCCUGGGCUGGAGCUCUGUGUCCCUUUCCCAGAAAAGGACGCCUUGUCCACCCGAGGAAUGGCUUUCCCAUGUUUCGAAGAUUCGAAGGACCUGGAGCCCGCAGGUCAGCACACAUUGGUGAGGCAGAAAAACAGUUAG